AUGACGGAUGUGUUUUCUAAGUUCACACAGGCUGUUGCUACGAAGGACCAGCGAGCUUCGACGGUGGCUCACAUCUUGGUGCAGGAGUGGUUUUACAAGUUCGGCGUCCCGGCAAGGCUGCAUUCGGAUCAGGGCAGGAACUUCGAAAGCGCUCUCAUCCGCCAGCUCUGUACCAUCUAUGGCACCCAAAAGUCGCGUACAACACCCUAUCACCCUGAAGGAAAUGGUCAAUGUGAACGCUUUAACAGGACGCUCCACGACCUGCUAAGAACUCUGCCCCUGGAAGAAACAGAACUGGAACCAUAUCUUCCCAUCGACUUCAUCCUUGGCCGUGUUCCAGAGGCCAGUGAGGGUAGAGUGGAGGACUGGAUUCAGGAGCACCGGAAGAGACUACAGGUAGCGUUUGAUGGGGCACAACAACGGCUAAAAGUAUCAGCGGGCCCGCCGGAAGGAGCGGCAUGA